CCACAACAUCAGUUUGCUGAAGCAGUCAUUUUCAGGAUUUUCUUUUUUUUCAGUACGACUGCAGCGACCAACACGUUUGGUCGUGUUCCGCGGCGUGCUCGCCAGAAAGUAAACUCCAUUGGAGUAUAAACGAAAACUCGUUGGCAAUAUAGCGCUAGUUCGCUGCGCCAUUUUUCCGCUCUUUGGCUCUGUGCAAAGAGCACCAGAAUUGAGAAGAAGAAGAAGAGAAGAAGAAGGAUUUUCUUUGAAUAACUGAGCAUUUUUUGGAGAGUUCAAGCACAAUUUAUAUGAAAGUUUUGUAAUUAUCAUACACCGUGUCGAAUGAACCCUGCGGAAGUGGUCUGCCGGACCUGCCUGGCAGAAUGCGUACCAAUGAUGAAUCUCUUCACCAGCUGUGAGCUCCCCGCUCCAGUUCCUUCCUCAGCAGUAACCGAAGACGGCGAACAAUCGCUCUCCGGAAUGGGCACGCAAGUGGCCAUUCAGCUGGGCAGUAUUUACAGCGAAUUGACGCAGCUUCCUCUAAUUCAAGAGGAAGCGCCCCAUUUUAGGCUGGGUGGCAUUUCGUGCCAUGUGUGCAUCCGGUGCGUGGAACAGUUGAAGCAGUUCUAUUUGUUCCGAAGUAAGGCGGUCAGGGCGUACGAAGAGCUGCAGACCAAGGCCAGCAUAGCGGAGAUCAUUUGCCAGCUGGAUCAGAGCUCGAUCGGGAGCGUGCGGAACGAUCGGCUGGAGGAGGACUUUGCCGAGGAUUUGAUUGCUGGGGAUGGUGACCUGCAGGAACGGUUCAAGAAGCCACUGGCAGAGGGGGAGCAGCGAUGCGAGAUGUGCAAGAAAGUGUUCAAGAACAGGAAGAUGCUGGCUAGGCAUCAGGAGAUCCAUUCGAGCGAGAACAAGUACAAGUGCCGGUACUGCGGACGGUGGUUCCGGGCCAGAAGCAGCUGGUAUAAUCACGAGUUGAAACAUAGGAAUGCGAUCGGGAAGGAGGAGAAGCUGGAGCGGGAGUUUCUUUGCGAAGUCUGCGCGAAGGGGUUCAAGACGAAGAAGCAGCUAAAGGAUCAUCUGGAGAUUGUGCAUCAGGGCGUGAAGCGGUACCAUUGCGACAUUUGUAAGAAGAGUUUCACCCGGAAUGGGUCGCUGGCGGAGCACAAGCUGAUUCAGCACGCGGGGAUCAAGCAGUUUGCGUGCAACGUUUGCGGGAAGACGUUCGGAAAGGAGGAUUCGCUGAAGACGCACCGUUCGAUACACCUGGGACGGAGAUUCCGGUGCGAGGUUUGCUCGAAAACCUUCCUGAAGCGAGCUUUCUUGACGGCCCAUGUGGCAAAGUAUCACCCAACGGAUGAAACUCCCAAGGUCAAUUCGUGCGAAAUUUGCAAAAAGGUUUUUAGUUCCUCUUCCCAUUUGAAGGACCAUCUGAAGAUUCAUUCCGAUGAAAGACCGGAAUCAUGCAAGCUGUGUGGAGCAUCCUUCCGGCAGAAGCAACAGUUGAAGGUUCACAUGUACCAGCACUUGGGAAAGCCCUACAAAUGUCAGUUUUGUACGGCGGCCUUCGGAAUCCGUGCUCGCCUGAUGAGUCACCUGUCGAAGAAUCACGCAGCCGAAAUACAGAACAUGUCCCGGUCAUCGGAACAGGAACCAUUGGCAAUGGUGGCGGAACCUCCGGACUUUGGCGACGGGGCAAUCAACGAGGAGAUACUGAACGAGAUCUGCUGCCAAAUCGAUGCCAACCAGAUCGCGCUGCAGAACAUCAUCGAGGACGACGGGGUCAAUCUGAUCUACAGCAGCAACGAGCAUAUCGUGUUCUUCGACGACGGGAACAACCUGCUACCGGAGGAGAUCGACGGAGUGGUGGAUGCCAGCACCAUUGGCCAACUGUACGACUUCACCAAACAGGGGUACAACCUUCCCGAGGGGAACGACAAUAAAGGCUAGGCAAGGCCAUUCUUCAAAAGCUUGAUCAAAAUUA